AUGGCUUCGCCACAGCAGAAGCAAAGCAUACAUUUCAUCUACCUCACAGAUCCAACUAAAGAUAGCGCAAUAUCAAGUCACAGAGCCGCAAAAUCACAUGCUGCGCGUCAUGGCCAUGCAAGGGUGCGGAGGCAGCGAAUGACCGAUUUCCAAAAGAAAGAUCACCAUGAAGGAGACAGUCAGGCACCACAUGCAUCCGCCUCGGGCUCAGACUCACCGGUCAGCGUUCGCCGUGCGGGACCUGCGGAAGCUUCAAGCUCGAGUCGCCGCGCGAAUGAAGGUGGCCGCGAAAUCAUUUUAUAUCCUCCUCACGCAUCUCAGCCGCUCGUUUUGGAUAGUACACCGAUGUCUUCACUCCCUAAGAACCUAUACUCUGUUCAUUCACUUGAGUUCAACAAGACGGAGCAAUAUCUUUUACACCACUAUGUAACCUGGGUUAUCCCUUUUGGCAAGCGACAUUGCAGAAGAUACACAAAUUCUGAUGUAUGGAAGCGUUUCAUGCUCAGGGAACUAAUUCCUCUCGCGUUGUCAAACCCCGGAUUACUCAGCGCCAUCUUGCUCGCUGCUUGCCGUAGUCUUUUCAAGCAAGAUCAAAAUGAUUACUAUGUAGAGCUGGCUACUUUUUACAAGUUGGCUUGCUUACGGUCUAUGAGUGAAAUACUCGCAGCCCAAAACCGCCGGGUUGGCGAUCCAGAGAUUGCCCAGGCUUCGCUGCUCGCUGCAGAUGAGCUCAAUAUCGGGGAUAGAAAUACGUCAAAGCAGCACAUGGAUGCCGCUAAACGCAUGGUUGAUAUGAAGGGAGGAAAUAAUACGCUUGGCUUGAACGGCUUUCUCAGCGCGCUGGUAGAUACCUUGACCUGCGCAGUAGCGCUUCAGAACCCGAUUGAUUGCCAUAACUGA